AUGCAUUCGGAGCAGACACCGGGUCGUCGGCCCAUUCGAAUUGGCGGUGCAUCAGGAGGAUUCACAGACCGCGUCGCGGCGAUUUCUCGUCUAGCUAAAGACACGCGUGUCGAUGCCAUUGUGGGAGAUUGGCUGUCUGAAAAUGUCAUGACUGGGUACGGUGCUGGCAAGGCUCAACAGGACCCUUCCAUCGCUACACUGCCGCUUGAGGAGCGCAAGCGAACGGCCAUGUAUGCCAGCACUUUUCUGCAAUGCUUUGAGCCUGCAAUUCCGUUCUUGGCGGAGAAUAAGACCAAACUCGCAGUCAAUGCUGGCGCCAGUGACACCGAACUCCUUGCCAAAGUUGUCCAUGACAUGGUUCAAAAGGCCGGAUACGGCAUGAAGGUGGCCUGGGUUGAGGGCGAUGAUGUGACUGGACCGUUUGAAGCGAUGGCCGCCGACGGUCACGUCUUCACCAGCGUAACGGACGGCAAGACAUUGAGCGAGUGGGGGCACAAGCCUCUCUGUGCACAAGCAUACCUUGGAAGUCUUGGUAUUGCAGAAGCACUUAGACGGGGGGCAGAUAUUGUAAUAUGCGGAAGAGUAUCAGACGCCGCCCCAACAAUAGGUCUGGCUGCCUUCUGGCACGACUGGAAAGCAGAUCAGUUUGAUGAGUUAGCUGGUGCUCUUAUUGCAGGCCACUUGAUCGAAUGCUCUGCAUUUGUAACUGGUGGUUACUACAGCCGCUUCAAGGACCUCAUGAAGGCUAAGAAGCACCUGGGCCUUGGCUUCCCUAUCGCUGAGGUUUUCAGUGAUGGGGAAUGCAACAUCACAAAAGAAGAAGGCUCAAAUGGCAUCGUGAACACCGAAACUGUGACGUCGCAGUUGGUGUAUGAGAUAUCCGGCCCCUUGUACUUCAAUUCGGACGUCGUUGCCGACUUGCGAAACAUCCGAAUGGGGCAGCUCGGAGAAGACAUUGUCCAUGUGUCGGGAGUGAAAGGACUCCCGCCGCCUGCAACAACGCGCAUGGGAGUGACGGCUCAUGGAGGCUAUCAAGCGGAAUGGCAUUUCUACCUCGUAGGCCUUGACAUUGAGGAAAAGUGCCAAUGGAUGGAGGAGCAAGCCCGACACGCCAUUGGAGAAGAGCUCAUUCGGGAAUUCACCAUGCUGAAAUUUCACGUCCACGGCAGCAGUCCGCCUGAUCCGGUCAAUCAAGAAAUCGCAACUGUGGACUACCGUAUCUUUGCGCAGGGUCCAAGGGCAGAGUUGUUUGAUGGCAGUCUGCCGGAUGGGUUUGCGAGAAAACUAUAUGAGACUGUUUUGCAGUCAUGUCCUGGUGUUUCUCGACCCAACGACUUGCGGCAAUCAGCACCAAAGAGUUACUGGGAAUAUUUUGUCUCGCUCAUACCUCAGAGCGCCUGCAAUCAUCGCGUUCAUCUAUUGUUUGGCGAUGAGUCGAUAAUCCCAAUCUCGUUGCCGCCAGUGACAAAGGACUAUGGACCCCAUGAGUCCUACGACGCUCUACAUCCUCGAGCGCUCGAAUCCUUCGGGCCCACGGUGCAAGCGCCGCUGGGAUGGGUUGCCCUGUCUCGCUCUGGGGACAAGGCAUCCGAUGCCAAUGUCGGGCUAUUUGUCUCCAAUAACGAGCAGUGGGAAUGGUUACGCGCAUUCCUCACCAUUGGUAAAAUGAAGGAGCUACUUGGCAAGCACGAGUACACCGGAGGGCGCGUAGAUAGAUUUGAGCUUCCAAACCUCCGAGCCGUGCAUUUCUUGCUCAAGAACCAUCUUGACAGGGGAUACAACUCUGGAAGCAAGCUUGAUACUCUUGCGAAAAACCUAGGGGAGUAUCUAAGGGCUAAAUUCGUCCCGGUGCCCAAGAAGUUCAUCGAGGACGGACACUUGUAG